UUUAGAAUAGGCGAUUUUCCCUUCCCUCGUCUUUACUCCAUCCGCCUCGCUGUCGCCGUCGGCUGUGGACACCGAAAUGCUCAGCCUCGGCGCCCAUCCCUUCUCCCCGCCUCCCUCCUCCUCACACUACACUCGCCUCCGAUCGAGACCCCGCUGCUCACCCACCAGCUCCGCGCCGACCGUCUCCUCCUCCUCACCGCCGCCCACCCUCCGCUUCCUCCGCGGGGGCUGCGCCGCCAACCGGAGCCGGAGGGCGACGACGAUGGCCGCGGUGGUCUCCCCGGGGGACGGCGGCCUGGUCCACGACCUCGUGUCCUCAGGCGUCACCGCGGCCAUCGCCCUCGGCCUCCUCCGCUUCUUCGAGGAGCUCGCCAAGCGCGGCGUCUGCGACCAGAAACUGAAUAGGAAACUUGUGCACAUAACUAUUGGGAUGGUAUUCUUGCUCUUUUGGCCUCUUUUCAGUGCGGGAAGGUAUGCUCCUUUCUUUGCUGCACUUGCACCAGGGAUUAAUAUUAUAAGGAUGCUUCUAUUGGGGCUAGGAAUAAUGAAAAAUGAAGCGAUGGUCAAAUCAAUGAGCCGAUCUGGAGACCACAGGGAACUUCUCAAGGGACCACUGUAUUAUGCCACUACUAUAACUUUGGCCACUUCUGUAUUGUGGAGAACAUCCCCAAUUGCUAUAGCACUUGUCUGCAACUUAUGCGCUGGAGAUGGUAUAGCAGACGUAGUUGGGAGACGCUUUGGAAAAGAAAAGCUUCCAUACAACCCCAACAAGUCAUAUGCAGGAAGCAUAGCGAUGGCUGUCGCUGGUUUCUUGGCUUCAAUUGGGUACAUGCAUUACUUCCACAGUUUCGGUCUCAUGGAGAAAAGCUGGUACAUGACCUUGGGCUUUCUUGUGGUCUCCGUAGCCGCCGCACUUGUCGAGUCACACCCCAUCAGCACUGAACUGGAUGACAAUUUAACCGUUCCCUUGACAUCAUUCCUAGUCGGUAGCCUCAUUCUCUGAUGUUUAGCGCCAAAGGAAGAAUACUGUGGUCAUUCUUUUCACCACGUGAACUUCCGACAUGUAACAAGAUUAUCGACAAGCAUGCGAUAUUUUUGUUGUUGUAAAUGCUGCUGAACCAUAGGAACAAUUUUCUACGCCCUCCGUCUCAUAAUGUAGUGUAGUGUCAAAAAGCGUCUUAAAUUAUGGGACGGAAGGAGUAACUAUUUAUCCACUGCCGUUUACAUA